AUGGCCACUGUUUACGCGGAAUCCUACAUCAAGAGCCCGCUGGUCCAAGCUAUAGGCGCCGAUGGUGUGCAGACAAUGCGUGAGGUGCUGGAGCGGGACUUUUCGGACUGCAGCGCAGAACACCUCGAAAGCAACCCGGAGCUGCUGGUGUCGGAGGAGUAUAUGAACAAAAAGAAUUCGCUCGUGGAGCCCAACACGCGCAUAACACCCCUGUGCCAGCUCUCCAGAAAAACGGAAGAUGAGGCCCUAGAAAUCGCAAAAAUGCUUAUCACGGAAUACAAACUUGUCGAUGCCAACCACGUCGACCUCAUGGGGCAAACGGCGCUCUUCUACGCAGCGAGAGAUGGCUGGAGCAAGUUUUGCGAGUUCCUUGCGCAAAAUGGAUGCGACCCCAACCACCAGGACCGACUCGGCCAAACCUGCCUCUUCUAUGCCUCCAGAGAGGGGCAUCACGAAACGCUGGAGGCACUUAUCGCAUGCAAAGCCGAUGUCAACCUUGUCGACACCAAUAAGCAAAACUGCCUCUUCUACGCCGCAAGGGACGGCCGUAUGGAGGCAGUUAAGGUCCUCAUCAAACACGGAAUUAAUUACAACUUGAAGGACGCACAGCGGCGACAAGCUAUAACGUUCGCCAAGCUCAAGAACCAAACUGAAAUCGUCAACUUGUUGAAAAGCAUGUCCAAGUCGGAGUCACAACACGUCAAGCGGCCGCUCACUGACCCUGCGGAUGUGCAGGGGCUGUUGCAGAGCGCCUCCACCGCGGAUGAGAUCAAGUCUGGAGUGCCGGUGGUGGUGAAGGAGGCUGGCAAGCCGCGGAAGUAUAGGCUUCAGUUCAGGCCAUUCGAGGACGAUGCUAAUCUAUGGGUGGAUGCGCCGCUAGUAAAGAUUCGCGAGUUCGAAUUGCGAUUCCCCGAGCUCGCCACUUGGGACAAAACUGCGCCGUUCGCUCCGCUCUCGACACUGAGGAACCCCUUGGUCAAGCAGUGGCAUCAAAUCGGCCUUAACCUUCUAUCGAUGAUGGGCAAGCAAGAGGGUGGCUACGUGUUCGAGAGGCCAGUCGACCCCAAGAAGCAGAACUGUCCGGAUUAUUUCGACAUCGUCAAGAAGCCGAUAUCGUAUUCGUGCAUCAGGAGCAAAAUAAAGAAGAACGUCUACACGAGCCCGAAGGAGUUUGUCGAGGACUGCCAGCUGGUGUUCGACAACUGCUUCAAAUACAACAAGCCGGACACCUGGGUCGCGCAGGUUGGCCGUAACAUCGAGACCUUCUUCAAGGAGCAGCUCAAGGAGCUGGAUUUCGAAGCGUUCAUAAAUAAGCACGACAAGCUCAAUGAGCUGCUUGAGACGGCAAACCAGUACGUGGAAUCCAAUGAAGUCCCUGCAGAAGCGGCAUCAUAA